AUGGUUAGCCAGAUUAUUCACGAAAAUUUACAAUUUUUACGACUUCUUGCAAAAACAAAAUCGCAUCGAAAAUUGCAACGACUGUUAAGGCUCUCAAAUACAAACCAAUUAUUAGCUAUAACCGAAAUUUGUCUGAAUAUUAUAAAGGCUAGACUCAAACUUACUCCUCGGCAAAAGAAACGACUGAUUCCAUAUGCUGACUUUGUUCGUAAAAUGAGUAGGAUAAGAAGUGAACUUGGCGCUAGAAAAAUUUUAAAUCAAAAAGGAGAGGGUGUGGGUAUGUUUGCAGCGUUAUUGACACCGGUUCUUAUGGAAUUAGCAAGAUCUCUAGGAAAUUCUAUAAAAAGCAAGAAUUAAACAAAAAACAACAUACCUAAAAUUAUGGCAAACAAAUUUAUUCUUGUUCCUGAGGAAAUUUACAAAGGUCUAACUACAUUUGAUACGGGGGAGCCUAAUCUAGAUUUAAUUAGAAAUGAUCUUGAAAGAAUUAAAAGAAAGAAAGAUACUCCAAGUGCAAAAAAUGUAAAAUAUAACCAAGAACUGAGACGGUAUUUACAAUUAAGAAAUGAACAACAAAAUAGACCAGUUAAAGUAGAGAUGGUUGCAACACCUAAGGGAGCAAUAAUGAGUACAAAUUCUACACGGCCGUCGUCUAAUAUAGUCGAAGAUGAUGAUGAAAUUUUGACAACAGAUGAUAUUUCUCUCCCGUCUUUUCCUCAAUCUAAUAAAGAUGUUAAAUCGAUA